AUGCAGAGCUCCGCUGUUGGCUUGGUAGCUUUUGUUCUUUCUAGUUAUUUCCCUGCGGCGAAGACGAAGACAAAACUAAAGCGAGGGUUGUGGUGGCAUAUCCACCAAACUCGAUGGAGUCGUUGGACAAUCAAGAAGCCAACUUGCGAAUUUUCCCAAAUUUUCUGCUUUGAUGUGGAGGCACACCUAGUACAAAAACACUACGGUGCAAUUCUGUAUUAUGGAAAAAUAAAAUUUUGUUGA